CCUUCACUAAACCCCAGGAAGUUACUGCUCAGUCACAACAGCCAACUUGAUGCUCCGCUCCGGAAAAAGCAGCGAGUCGAAAAGAAAAGACCGAGGAGGAGGAGGAGAGGAGGAGGACGAAUGAUGAUGAUAGGAGCGUAUCCCCUGUAAGUGACCCGUAACCGACUGUAGACUCGCACUUCAUUCAGUUCUUACCCCUCGACGACUGCUCUCCGCCAGGAUGUCGGCCUCGGCGAUAUUUAUCCUCGACCUGAAGGGAAAGGUGCUAAUCUGCCGUAACUACAUGGGGAACAUGGACAUGAAUGAGAUUGACCACUUCAUGCCCAUUAUGAUGAAGAGAGAAGAGGAGGCUGAGAUGACGCCUCUGAUCACCCAUGGUUCCUCACACUUCCUGUGGAUCAAACACAGCAACCUCUACUUGGUGGCGAUGACAAAGAAGAAUGCAAACGCUUCCCUGGUCUACUCAUUUCUUUAUAAAAUCAUACAGGUAUUUAAGGAGUACUUUAAGGAGCUUGAGGAGGAGAGUAUUCGUGACAAUUUUGUGACGGUGUACGAGCUGAUGGACGAAGUGAUGGACUUCGGUUUCCCUCAGACAACGGACAGCAAGAUCCUCCAAGAGUACAUCACCCAGCAGGGUCAUAAAUUAGAUAUCGGCGCUCCGCGACCUCCAGCAACCGUCACUAAUGCUGUGUCCUGGCGGUCAGAGGGCAUCAAGUACAGGAAGAAUGAAGUGUUCAUGGAUGUCAUUGAGUCUGUAAAUCUACUGGUGAGCGCCAAUGGCAGCGUCCUGCAGAGUGAAAUAGUGGGCAACGUUAAGCUCAAAGUCGUCCUCUCGGGGAUGCCUGAACUCAGACUGGGCCUCAACGACAAAGUGCUGUUUGAAAUAACAGGCAGAGAGAAAAGUAAGGCCGUGGAGCUGGAGGACGUGAAGUUCCAUCAGUGUGUCCGUCUGUCGCGCUUCGAGAACGACCGCACCAUCUCUUUCAUCCCCCCCGACGGCGAGAGCGAGCUCAUGUCCUACCGCCUCAACACCACAGUGAAGCCUCUCAUAUGGAUCGAGAGCGUGAUCGAGAAGUUCUCUCACAGCCGCGUGGAGAUCAAGGUGAAGGCUCGGAGUCAGUUCAAGAGCCGAUCCACUGCCAACAACGUGUCCAUUCUGGUGCCGGUGCCCAGUGAUGCGGACUCACCCAAGUUCAAGACCAGCACAGGCAGCGCCAAGUGGGUCCCCGAGAAGAGCGCGGUGGAGUGGAACAUCAAGUCUUUCCCGGGUGGGAAGGAGUACAUGAUGCGAGCGCACUUUGAGCUUCCCAGUGUGGACAGCGAUGAGCUGGAAGCAAAGAGACCAAUCACAGUUAACUUUGAGAUCCCUUAUUUCACCGUUUCUGGGAUUCAGGUACGCUACCUUAAGAUCAUCGAGAAGAGCGGUUACCAGGCAUUACCAUGGGUGCGCUACAUCACACAAAGUGGAGAUUACCAGCUCCGGACAAACUAAAGGGCGCAGACGCUGCUAGACGAAUGGAUGUUUUCUCUCUGUCUGUCCGUCUUCUCUGUUUCUCUGGCUCCUCGUCUGUAACGGACCACAGGGGUCAAGUGGAGGACGGCACAGGAACGGGAAAAACAAGACCUCCUCCCUUCCUCUCAGACGGAAAAAGUCUGUUGGGUCAACUGUGACUUUUUUUUAACGGCUCCUCAGGAAUCUAGAAAAUCCUUUUUAAUAUACUAAUAACUGAACGGAUCAUUUUGUGACGGCGUCUGGCUUUGGCCAGUUCUCGCUUUUGAUGUGCUAUCUUGGAGGUUAACAUAAAGCUAAAUUCUGAAGGAAAGUACAUUUUGAAGCAUGUUUUGCUCACUUUUAAAUACUAGAAAACAGAGGAUUUAGAGCAUUAUCUUUUUGGAUGCUUGGCUUGUGCGCGGAGAUGUGGCUUUUUACCGUCUUAACGCACAAAUCAAAAGAUUGUGUUGUGCCAACACAGAGCAAGUGUGAGGGUUUAUUGUCAAUUUUGUAUUUCUCAAAGGAACAUGCCAUUGCAGAUGGGUGAUUAUUAUGAAUCAAAAGCGUGCCAUGCACUCUGUCGGUGUUAUUCUUUUCUGUUGGGACUGCAUUUGCUUCAUGCUGCAUUUAAACCACAUCAUUUAGCAUCUUUAACUGCAACGUUUUUAUCGCUCCUGGUUUGUCCUUAACAACCACUUUAUGAUCAAUAUACGGAACAUUUUAACUCUGCUGUUAAUCUGCCUCCCUCUCAAAGGCAUACGUUUUGUAGCAACCUUUUAUAUUCUAUAUUAAUUGCCUUACAAAUUGCCUGUAUCAUCACCUUUUUAGUGCUGGAAACAUAACCGCCAGUGCAGUGAAACGAACACCAGCAACCAGAUCAAUGAUUAAUAAGACAUAAUAUUGUCAUAGGCAUUGGCGAUGUAACGUAACACCGUCUGCGCGCUCUCAUGGGGCCUGUAACCUUGUCCUUGGGCUGGAAAUCAGCUUUGCAGCUUUGAAAUGCAGACCAAAGGAAUGAGCACGGUGCAGAAUUUUCUGUCAUAUUUCUACGUGAUGUUUAUAAUAUUCUCCCCUGUGGCAAAUGUUUGGAGAUCAAAACGGGGCGUUGAGGGGAGUGGGCAGGUAAAAAAAAAAAGGUUAAAAUAACCUGCAGGGAUUUUGAGAAUAUUGACAAUAUGUUGAACUAAUUGUUUUUUCACUGAAGGCCCAUUCACCUCCGCAGUGCAGUUUGUAGCGAGGGUCCAUAUUCUGUAACAGCAAAGAAGACAAAAAGCUUCUAUUCCAAUCGAUGUCUUAUUAUAUUUUAUUAUCAUGGGUGUGGACAUUUUCUCUGACACCAAUGAGUUGUUAAUAAAUGUGUUCUCAUAUGUUGUCAUUUAUUGAUCAACCACUAUUUGUUGAUAAGAAGCGAAGGGAAAUGUUUGGAAAUAAAAAAAAUGGUAUGCUUUGGAAUACUAGUGUUUUUUUUUUUAUUUGUUCCAACAAAUGGUGAUAGAAUAAUUAUAGUUUUUUUCUCUGAAUUAUAGCAUAUUAACAAUCUGACUUAUUACGGAUGUGUUUUGUAAUACUUUUACAUAUUUAACCGUAUAGAGUUUGAUUAAAAACAAAAGGAGUUUAGGAGUUGAAAAGGUAUUUUGAUUCAAGUGUAA